AUGAUUAAACAACAGCAACCACAGCAACUUAAGGCACAGACCAUUACUUACGCCACAUAUGCAUAUAAUUCAAAGACGGCAGAACAAACACAAAGGUUGAAAUAUGGAGAUUUGGAGAUAGUAUUGAAAAAUGACCAUUUUGAAUUCGUUUGCAAGGGUGGUGCAGUGAUAUCAAAUAUAAAAGAAAUUUUAUUUAUGAAUUCAAAAAUUAAAGGAAUAACGGAUGAUAUAACAUCAAUUCCACCAGAAGAACAAAGAUAUUACGCAUUAAAUGCAUUUCCUAAAGUUUUGAAGAUUGGAAGAUUUAAUUUAAAUGAGGAAUUCAUAGAAGGUUUCCUAAAUGACAUAAUGAAGAAGGCAGAUAAGGAAUAUGUGGUUAGUGAGUUAGAGAAGAAGGCAGAUAAGGGACUUGUGGCUAGUGCAUUAAUGAAGAAAGCAGAUAAGGAAUAUGUUAAUGAAAAAGAUAAUGAAAUUAUAGAAAGGGUUGAAUGGUACCAUGAACGGACAUUGAAGAUUUUAAAAACUAAAGCUGAUACAGGAUGGGUUUCAGGAUGUUUAGACCUUAAAGCGGAUAAAACUUAUGUUAACGAUGAGUUAGAGAAGAAAGCAAAUAAGACUCAUACACAUACAAGUUUUACAACUGUUGCUAUAGAAAGUAUUGAAGGAACGGUUGAAGAAACUGGUGGGGAUGUAUUAUAUUGUAAACCUCCUAACUUUCCACAAGGUUUAACAUCGGAUGACGACAUAACGACGAUGAGAAACAUUAGAUGUAAAGAUGUUUAUGUCAUGAAGGAUGAACAUAAUAUUAAAUUCACUGCUCAAGAUUUAUAUGACAAGAAAGCAGAUAAAACAGAGCUUCAAACAUUAAAGACAGAAAUGCUUCAAACAUUAUAUCCUAUAGGCUCUAUUUAUACGUCAAUGAACUCAACAAAUCCAGAAGUAGUACUUGGUUUUGGAACUUGGACUCAAAUAGUCGACAG